AUGAAGAAUCAGAUGUCCCCAAGCCAAUCAGCCCAACAACUUCAUCCCAGCCAGACACCUUCACAGCAUAAUUCUACUUUGGCUAUAUCCCCGUUUGUUGUUACAAAGUCUAGUUCAAGACUUCCGACACAGAGACCUUCUCAAGGGCAACAUGCUCAAUCAGUUCAAGAAGGAUCACAUCACCAAAGUCCGUAUCGAGCUCUUGCAACUAGCCCAUUAUUUCAGAGAACCAACCAACGGGCCACUAUAGAUGAUGCAUUAACCACACCUCAUCAGAAAUCUACUACCUCUCAGAAUAAUAAUUCAAGUUUAUUAGCUUCAAUGUCUAAAAUAGGAACAUUUGGAACUACAAUCCCUUCAACUCUGCGAAAAGUAAGUGUACAACGUGAAUACCGAGAUGAUGAUAUCAACAGCCAACCACAAGGAGAUAAUACUGGAGAAAAGGGUAAUAAUGCUAAUGGUAACAAUUUAUUAUCUGUUGAUGCCUCAUCAUAUAACGCGGGUCAUACUACUACCACAACGACAUUGACUACAACCACUAGAACGACAGCAACAUCUGCUGAAAUAGAUUAUACAGAUCUUACCUCUAUAGAAAAAUUACGUCUUUGGAGGCAUGAUGCAUUGAUGCAACACAUGUAUAGAACUGCUGAAUAUAUUGGAAAUAAGAUAUAUACUAUAACCGCGGAUCCUAAUGACGCAUUUUGGUUAGCGCAAGUCUUUUAUAAUAAUGGAUCAUAUCUUAGAGCUAUUGAGUUAUUAUCAAAGGAUUCUUAUGCUACAUCAAACGUGAUAUGCAGGUACUUGAUGGGACUCUGUUUAUUUAAAUUAGAGAGAUUCGAUGAUGCCCUAGAUAUAGUGGGGGAGACUAAUCCAUUUGCUACUUCAAAGGAAAAAAUAGAUGUAGAAAAUCCUGAAAUACCGAUACAAGCUGAUGGAGGUAUUAAAAUUGAAUCGUCUUUAUGUUUUUUGAGAGGUAAAAUUUUCCUUUCACAGAAUAAUUUCACCAAGGCAAAGCAAUCAUUAAAAGAUGCCAUUUUAAUUGAUGUGAAGAAUUUUGAAGCUUACGAGGAAUUGAUAUGUAAAAACCUCCUGUCUCCAGAAGAACAGUGGAAUCUUUAUCAAUCAUUAGAUUUCUCCGGUUUAGAUGAUAACGAGGAAAUGAUAAGGAAUCUUUACAAGAUCAGCUUAUCUCAAUAUCUAAAUAAUGCAGAGAUAGAAAGCUCAGAAACUUUACUUACUCAAGAGUACGGGUUAGGAAAUAGUGUGGAUGUUAUGCGGUCAAAAUUGGAAAAAUUAUUCAUUCAAUGGAAAUUUAAUGAAUGUUUAGAACUUUGUGAGAGGGCUUUGGAAGAUGAUGAAUUUAAUCCAACAGUACUACCGAUUUACCUAAGUUGUCUGUUUGAAUUGGGAGGAGAUAAUAAAUUAUUUUUAAUAUCGCAUAAUUUAGCAGAGAAUUUCCCUAAAUGGGCUAUUACUUGGUUUAGUGUUGCAACCUAUUAUAUGUCUUUAAAUAACAUUCCUAUGGCACGGAAAUACUUUUCUAAAGCAUCUAUAUUGGAUCCAACGUUCUCAUCUGCAUGGCUAGGGUUUGCUCACACAUUUGCCUUGGAAGGUGAACACGAUCAAGCAAUAUCUGCAUAUUCAACUGCAUCCCGAUUUUUCCCUGGAAUACAUCUACCAAAUAUGUUUCUUGGUAUGGAAUAUAUGGCAUCAAGUACUUUAUCGUUAGCAGAAGAAUACUUUACGUUAGCCUAUGAUACAUGUCGUUUCGAUCCACUAUUGUUAAAUGAAAUGGGUGUAUUGUACUUCAAAAAAAAUGAAUUAUCUAAAUCCAAGAAAUAUUUGAAGAAAGCUCUCGAGUCAUUAAGAGCUUCAAACAUGACAUCAAAAAUGGCUUUUUCAAUACAGAUGAAUUUGGCCCACACGUAUCGUAAAUUAGGGGAGAAUGAAAGAGCUAUUAAAUGUUUCAAGGCCGUAUUAGAAGAAUCUGGUCAUGAUGCAGAUAUUUAUUGUUCGUUAGGGUUUCUCUAUUUGAAAACAAAUCAGCUCGAAAAAGCAGUAGAUUAUCUUCAUAAUUCCUUAUCGUUAAAACCCACUAAUAAUUCGGCCCAAGAGUUAUUAUUACACGCGUUAGAAUUAAAUGUCUCCAUGACAAUUGAUGAUCUUCAUCCUUUAAUGGUCAAUGCUAAGCUACAAGAUGAUACGUCGCUGCAAAGAAAGCGUUCAACUGGAUCAUCUUUUGAUCCGAUAAAUAUUACAAAAAAGUUGAAGAUAACUGGAAAGAGUCGGAAACCAACUGUUGAUGGAGAUGGUGACGAAACAAUGGAGCUUGAAUAA